GAGAGAGAGAGAGAGAGAGAGGGAGGUCUUAACAGGGAAACAGAGCUUUCCGCCUGGAAAACAGCAUCUUUCCCUCCACUCUGCUCCUCCCCUCUUCCCUCUCGGCAUCUCUCCCACGCUCCAGAGCUAAGCCUUCAGCUCCACGGACCCUCCCAAAUUCUCUCGAGCUGAGGUGGGCGUGUGGAGCCUCUGACCCUCUCUCGCCCACACUCUCUUUCUCCGUCUCUCCCUCUUUGCUGCAGCUACAGGGGGCUAUGGAUGGACUGCGUUUACCUCCACUCAUCGAGGAGGCUUUGGACUCUACAGAUGACCCGUGCGAUCUGAAAGCAGAAAGUAGCCCCACCAUGGACAACGAGAUAACGGCCAAGGAGAGAGGUGUCCUGGAGGAGAACAACGAGAAAGAGGAGAUGGACCAGGAGAGAGCUCAGGAGGAGGAAGGGGAAGAGAAGAAGCUCAAGGAGGAGGAAGGCGAAGGGGAAGAGAAGAGGAAGAAGGAGCAGGAGCCGCUGACGGAGGAGCAGGAGCUGGAGGAGCUGAGGGCCCAGGUGCUGCAGCUGCUGCUGGAGCUGGAGGACGCCAGGGAGACCUCCAACAAACACCAGGAGAGCUUCCACGAGCUGCAAGGUCUGUUGGAGGAUGAGCGUCUGGCCAGUGCCCAUCAGGCUGAAGCCUUCACACGUCAGAUCCAGAAUCUACAAGCCCAGCUGCGCUCUGUGCAGGAGGAGAUGGACAGCCUGGAGGAGGAGAAGGAGAGCGAGCUGGCUGAGGCCCAGGAGGAGCUGCGUGUGGCUCAGGAGGAGGUGCUCCUCCUCCAGCAGGCAGCAGAGGAGGCAGCGGCAGAGAGGGAGAACGACAUCGCCUCGCUGCAGGAGGAGCUGUGUCGCAGGCGGGCCGAGCUCCAGCGCCUCAGUGAGGAGACUCAGGAGUACGAGCUGGAGAUCACCACGCUGAGGGCCGAGAUCAGCAUGAAGAGUCAGCGCAGGGAGGCCGAGAGGAGAGAGGGUGAUGUAGACCUGCUGAAGGAGGAAUGCCGUAUGCUGAGGGAGGAGUGUCAGACCCUGAAGGAAGACAACAGACGUCUCUCAGAGAGGCUGCAGCUGCUGCAGAGACAGAGGACAUGCUCCAGUGUCUACCUCUCACUGAAAGAGGAAGAUGCAGUGGAGGACACAGACGGGAAGGAGAUGGAAACCGGCUCAGAUGAGGUCAUGACCGAGAGCUACAUGACCAUGGCCCAGUCGGAAAACUGUCGCCUGGUGGACGCCUCCAUACAGAAGAAUAUUUCAUUUGAUGGGAAGCCUGUGACACCAACCAGCUGGAAUGGAGGCAUCGGGGAGAUCUUCUCCCUGAGGGACCAGCUCAAACAGGCAGAGGAGAAAGCCUCACAGGUUCAGAGAGAGUGUGAUGGUCUGAAGAUGGAGCUCCAGGAGCUGCAGGUACUGUAUGACAGUAGUCAGAGGGAAAGAGCAGAGCUGGAGGAGGAGCUGCAGCGCUGCAAGGCAGAGCUGGAGAAGCUGUCAGGGGGGGCUCAGAGAUUCAUCCAUCUGUCUGAGCACCAUGUUCUCUCCAUCCCCUUCAUAGGAAUGAUUGUAAUAGUGGCUGUGGUCUGGUGCUGGUUGUCGGAGCUGGCGUCCCAGAGAGCAAGGGGAGUGAGGUAGGUUGGAACUCCAUUUUGACUAUCACUGCAGCCACAGCAGUGCUUCUAAUGAUGACUAGCUUGUUGAGAGCUCUUGUCCGAUGUUGACUGGAUGGGCAACAACUGCACAGGGACAGACGUCUGCUUCAGACCAGCCCUCGUUCUUUCCUGCCACAUCUAUAGACUGACCUGGAAUUCUCUAAGUGUGAUAGAGCUCACAACUUUGUGGUAGAAAAUGUGUGGGAAAUUUUAUCUGUAAUGAGAAGGUACUACAUGCACAGACAGACUGAGAACGAUGCUCUCAGUCUCAUUUUAUUGGCGUUCGAUGAGAAGAUUGCUAUGGUGAUGACCUGCAGAGAGCCCACAUGAGGACUGAUCUCACUCCACUAAAUGUAUGCUAGUGCUGUGUCUUUUCUCGCUGUGUCUGUGAAUAUUUUUUUUUCUCUCUGUUAGCUAAACAAUGUGAUGAAAUGAAGAUUGUUGAUAAUUUAAUGUGCACCAAAUGGUUUUCAGUUUAUUUAACAGUUAUUUAUUUGUUUGUUUAAAUAUUGUUCAUAGCUGUCUCUGAUAACGACGGAGUCCAAACAUUUUAAUACUGGGGAAAACCCUGAAAUUUACAUACGCCCUUAAACAUAACCAGAAAGAGUUAGCUCUUUUUGUUAAUGAGUUUUUAACUAUAAGGAACAUUCUCCCUCACUUAACGCAAUAAAUGCACAAUACUGCAAAAGUGUAUUAGAAAUCACCAAAUAAUCAUGAAUUAAUACGUAUCUAUGAUCCUGCCUCUGUUCUAUCCUUCCCAACAUUAGGUAUCCAAUCUUUCCAUUGUAAACACCAACAAUAUUAUAAGUAUAAGAAGUAUAGCUAACUAAGCACCUGUCAAUCCCCACAUCACCCCUGGUGGGUAGAAACAGCACGUCUCUGCAGUGUUUUUCUGUUAUGUAGUUUCCUCCAAACUCUUGUCUGUUUGCCUGCCUCAGCAUUGUCUUGAGUCUGACUCUGAAAUCAGACAAACUCCCACGUCCCCCCUUUAAUCACCAGUUAACCAAGAUGCCAGAAAGUCAGUGCAGUAUUUCUGAUUCAUCUUGCCUGCUUGCUGCUCACUCUGAAAAUCUUAACACUUAACACCCACAGCUGCAUUGUUACUCUUAAAAAUAUGGUUCGCUGUUGUUUUGUUAUGCGCUAGUAAAGAUUUCUCAGCAACUUUGGGAGCAAAUUCUGGGAUGAUUGAGCUAUCUCAUUAUGUUUUCUUACAACCCAAUGUCGAUUUCUCUGCAGCAGGAUUUAAAUGUUGGUUUGGUUGGUUGGUUUUUCCAAGUGUGUUGUUAUUAAGGGUUUUGGUGAUUGCAGGUUUAUCAAAGGUACACAGUAUGAUAAUAACGACUGUCAGCAUUCCCUUGUUUACAGCAAGCUUUAUGUGACAAAUUGCAGAUCUGAUCAACACCGGUUGGCAUCUGAUCACACCUUGAUUAAACCGCUGAUGCAGAUGAAGUGAGCGAUCAUGGCUGGUUGUUUGUGAGGGCAUUUAGACACUGAAAUGGUUCCAAAACAUGUAAAUAAGAGGGUGUGAAAUUUUUAAUUUGUCUAAGCAUCAGUUAAAUAACGUGUAUAUGUGAAAGGACUCUGAUUAUUGUUUACAUUUGUGAAACCUUUUUUGUGAAAAUCUUUUAGAACUGAAAAAAAGCAUGCUACAAAACAUAUAGAGGCACAAUAUAUAAUUUAUGUUUGGUUAUGCUGAUUAUGUUACUUUGUAUUUCAUGUAAAUAGAUGUGACAUAUAGUACUAUGGGAGAGAUAUUUCUUAAAUCCAUUUGUACUAGCUUUGUAGAAAGUUUAUUCUAUUUUGGAAGAGCAUCGUAUAUUUGAUAGCCAAAUUAUUAUGCUAUGUAAAUGUCUAUUUAUGGUGACAACAUUACUUCAUUUUCAGUAACUCUAUGUCCAAAUGUGGUGUAGUCACUGCAUGCAUUAAGAUUGCAUUUGACUUUUGUUGCCAGAAAGAGCAAAUACAACUCCUGGUUUUUCCAUAAGACUCCAGAAAUGUAUUGAAAUCUUUUCUGAAACAUUUUGUCAUUAAACAGAACCUUAAUAAGCAAUGUCUGACCAAUGAUAUUUCUGCAUAUGAACACACUAAGGAAAUAAUGUGCCGCUGGACUGCAAAUGUUGUCACUGUCUUAUAAUUAAAAUUAUAAGUUUGCAAUAGGAAUCAAAGUCCUGUUGACUGCAAUAGUACAUAUGAAUGGAGUCAGAACAUUCUCAUUAUUUUUGAGCUAACUUCAUCAUUGUUUCAUAAAGCUUCUAUAUUGCACAGUGUUGCUCAGCUUGCUGCUUUAUAUAUUGAUAGCAGUGUUGUUUUCAAUAUAGUUGUGGCUAUUUUGUUACCUGGAGGUCUAUUUUGUACUGUAAAUGACUUGAGAAAAUAAAUAUACCCACCCCA